AGCGCCGCGCAGAUAGGGAUGAAGCCAUUUUUAUCGUUGUUGUUGCACAACUCGAUUUUUCUUCGUUGAGCCCAUGAUAGCGACAAGCUCUGCCGUCUGGGUCACUUUGUCGUGGCGCGUCAGGGGUGAAAAAUAGAUUAGUUCGGACAUCGACUCGACCAUGCUGCAAGCCACGCUGGCUUUGGUGUUUCUAUUGAUUUUUCUAACUUUCUGGGUAAUAAGAAGAACCUAUAGGUUCUGGAAUGGAAAAGGAAUUCCAUAUCUGUCUUUUACCGACUACGUGAAGUUGGUAUACGAUAAUUUCACGAAGCCCUUGCAUGAGGUGAACCUGGAAAACUAUCGUCGACGUGGCCGUCUUUAUGGGUCCUACGAAGGGUUUGUGCCCGCACUCGUAGUUGGGGAUCCACUGCUCCUGCGAGACAUCUACGUGAAGGAUUUCAAAUGCUUCUCGGACAGAAUAGUAUCCAAUGCCACGGGAAACCCCUUGUGGGACCGAAUGAUGUUAAACUCCCCGGAAGAAGAGUGGAAAGCUACAAGAACUAUGAUGUCGCCUGCAUUUACAACCAGCCGGCUGAAAGCAAUGAUUCCAAAAAUUAUCGCUACGUCCGACGAAUUCUGCAAACGACUGCUGCUGGAAGGAGAAAAGAAAGGUGCUGUCGAACUUUCCGGGAUGUUCGAGUCAUUCGCCAUGGAUACAACGGCAGCCCUGGUCUACUCUCUAGACUUGAACACCCACGAAAAUCUCGACCAUCCUUUGGUAAAAUGCUGCAAGGGAUUUUUCGGAAACUUGGGUGGAUGGAAGAUGAUCUUGUUGUUCACCAUGUCGAGAGUCUUCAAAUUACUUCCGUUGGAGUUUCCGAGCAAGAAGGGCACCGAAUACGUCAAACAAUUUACGAGACAUAUGGCGCAUCAGCGGUGCGCUUCGAAAGAGCUUCUAGAAUCAGAAAUAGAAGACAUCGCUGCGCAAUGCAUGCUCUUCUUCAUUGCCGGCAGUGACACCGUCACGAUAACGUUGACGUGGGCGGCCUACUCCCUCGCCUUACACCCGGAGUGUCAAGAAAAGGUUAUCGAAGAGAUCGACAAUGCUGUAAAACAGAAUGGUGUCACCUACGAAUCUCUCAAGGACAUGACAUAUCUGGAAGCUGUCAUCAACGAGUCUUUGCGCCUGCACACACCCGACUCACUCUCAAUAAGAAGAUGCACCCAGGAGACUUCAGUGGCUGGUAUAAAAAUUCACCCCGGAAUGUCCAUUGAAAUUCCGAUUCACGGCAUGCAUCGCGACCCGGAAUUUUUUCCCGAACCCGAUUGCUUCAAGCCAGAAAGAUUUCUGCCAGAGAACAAGGAGGCUCUUGUCCCGUACACGUACCUGGCGUUCGGUGCCGGGCCCCGAAACUGCGUCGGUCAGAGGAUGGGAAUGUUACAAACCAAGGCGACGCUUGCUUGUCUUCUCCAAAAGAUCAGAUUUCAGAGGUGCAGUGAAACCCAGGUGCCCUUGAAGUUACAGGCAAGAUCUUUGGCUCUGCAAUCCGCUGAACCAGUGAAACUGAGAUGUGUCCCUCGCGUAUGAUGACGGAAAAAUGGCGAAGGUAAAAACAACAAAGCGGGAAGGAAUGUUCCGGUUUUAAUAUGUCGUUGAAGAGGUCAUCGAUGACGCUGCGCGAACAGCUUAAAUUUGUAUCAUCCAUCAUUGUUGUGUGAGCUCAUUCCCGGAAAUAAAAGUAAACAUAUGUUUGCUAUAAAAAUACAA